AUGCAUCUUGAACUUCUCUUCGCGGCCCUCGUGGGCUCUGCCUCGCUCGCGAGUGGGGGCGCUGUGCUCCCGCAAUGCUCUCCAGCAACCCCAAUCCAAUGGGGUCCUUGUCCAAGCGAUCUUCCCAAAGACGUGCAGUGCGCCCAAUAUAAAGUUCCAAUCGACUACAGCAAGCCGAAUGGUGAAAUGACAACACUCGCCGCUAUACGCAAGAAGUCAGAAAGCCCAAAGCCCAAAGGAAGCGUCUUUCUGAACCCGGGCGGUCCUGGGACUUCCGGUAUACAAGCUGUCCUCUCGAUCCUGCCCGGCUCUCAGCCUUCGAAAAUUCUCGCAGAGUAUGAUCUCCUGGGCGUCGAUCCGCGAGGCGUGGGACAGAGCACUCCCAUCAAGUGCGAUCCAGCAAUCUGGAACAAGCGUGUGCCAACCUUGGUUUAUAACGAGGCUCAGUUUGAUGCUAUGGUUCAGCACUGGAAGGAGGCUGGUGAGAGCUGCAGGCGGUUGACGGGCCCACUGCUGGAUUUUAUGGACACGAAGAACGUAGCACGCGACUUUGAACAACUUCGCCAAGCAGUUGGGGAGAGCAAGUUCAACUUUAUUGGGUUGUCGUAUGGCUCACAGAUUGGGUAUACAUAUGCAGAAAUGUUUCCGAGCAAUGUUGGCCGCAUGGCUCUCGAUGGCAUAGUCGAUCACACGAAGCCACGAGUCUAUGCCGUGGAAGCUGAAGCCAACACGCUGGAAACCACGCUGCAUAGGUUCAUUGACUGGUGCGGGAACAACAAGACUUGCGCACUUCACAACAACACAGAUAUCGCAGGCUUGAUUAAACGACUGGCUGCCGAAGCCGAAGUCAGCCCUAUCCCGGCACCGAAGUGCGAACAAAGUGGCGAUCUCCCGUGUCAGUCCAAUGUUAACCGCGAAGAUUUCCUCGCCGGCAUCCAAGGAGGCCUCAUCCUAAAGACAGGGAUGCCUCCAUAUCAACCUGGUUGGAGCGAACUCGCAGAAUAUCUGCUUGCAGCUGGCAAAGGCGAUGCAUCUGGCUUGUCAGCUCACUACUAUGUAGGGGAGACUGACACGACAGGCGAUUUCGCAUCACUUGCAGUCGGAUGCCAAGACUGGGAGCAUGCCAAGGGCUUUGCCGAUCUACACGCCAUUGAAGACAUGACCAUAGUUUUCGCACCUCUGACCCUUGGCAUCACGCAAAGCUUGAGCUACGUGACAAGAUGCGUUGCCUGGUCCACUCCGUUGAAGAACCCACAGCAGCCAAUUAGACAAAGUAUCGCCGACACACCGGAGAUUCUACUCGUGAACUCAUUCUGGGAUCCUGCCGCAAGUGUCCAAUGGGCAGUCUCAAUCCGAGAGCAGAUUCCCAACUCCAGCCUCAUUUUUCGCCAUGGAAGUGGACAUACGAGCUACGGCCUAAAUGGAGAUACCUCCAAGGCAAUGAAUGCUUUUCUUCUUAAGGGAAAGACUCCGGCCGAUGGAACAACGUUCGAGUCAUGA